AUGGCCGUAACUCAACCCGGAAGAAGCUACUGCAACCACAGCCAACAACCUUACAACCCGUUCCUGCGAGCUAUACUCACCAACCAAGACCUACCCAUUCACAUUGAAGAGCUUCACACCUCGAAUGUACACGAAGGUAACCCUCGCGAAAUCCCAGAGGAAGAUAUCCAAUCCUUCCGAUCAGCAGUCUCAAACCUCUCACUCCUUGCCAAAUUCAAAUAUCGCCUGAAUCAAGGCAUCAAAGAAGGAAUCUGGUCCUAUACCAACCUGAUAUGUGACCUUUUUGACCAUGCCGAUGCGGGCGACUUUUCCGGUAUCGACAACUUCCAACGAUCCUCCAUAGAGACCACCAACGUUUUGUGUGCCAUGGAAAAUGUUCAGGACUAUGCGGGUGUUCUUAGCAAGGCGCACGAGGUGCAAAUUGUGCAGCUAAAUGAUGGGAAUAUCAGCCCAUCCCGAUUUCAAGAUGGCUCGUCCAUAGUUGAAUAUUAUUCAUAUCCUCGAAAGUGGCAUUACUACGAGGAUUAUUUCAAGCCGCAGGAGGCCGUGAAAGAGCUUAAGCGCCAUAAAAGCACGCUCGAGGAGCUCACGAUGCUAGACUACGAUGACCGUUUAAAACAGUCUUGGACUGAGUUGCAGCAAUUCAACAGGUUGAAGAAGCUUCGGAGUGGCAUGCAAAGUCUGCUUGGGCUGUUACAUCCACAGUCAGCCGUGAUGGAGACAUAUCCCGCAGAUACUCAGGCUGACGAGAAAAGGACAGGACUGGUGGAAGUGCUUCCAGCGUCAAUAGAGCACUUGGUAGUUUUGUACGCUGAUGCGCGAAUCAUUCCUCGUUCACAGAAGGUCGAAGAUGUCUGCGAGAAGCAAUUUCCUAAUCUGAAAAAAGUUGUCAUUGGAUUUUGUUCUGAGUCAAUGGAGAAGAACGUUCAGUCGGAAAUUCGAGGGCUGGACUUGUUGGUGCUGUUUCAGACUCAGGAGGAAGGGGAAGCCUAA